AUGAAUCUUCUUCUCAUUUUUCCCCUUCUCAAUUUUCUUCUACUUCAAUUUACAAAUUUAAUUAACUGCCAACACCAAUCCUUUGCAAACACAAAAUUUGAAUUGCCUGAAACAUUACCAGAAGAAGAACAAAAUAUGGUUGAAAUUGCAGCUAAUCAAGAUAUUACACCAGAGACACAACCCCCCACACCCCCACCCCCGACAACACCCACACCCACACCACCACCGCCAACAGAGACAACAACAGAAUUAACAACAACUCUUCCGACAACAACGACUCUACCAACAACAACAACACUCCUAACAACAAUUAAUAAUACACAAACACAACAGCAACAAAAAACACCAUUACCAGUACUUCCUAAUCUUGUUGAGUUACCCAGAUUUGUUGAGAGAGGGAAUGUUCAGCCAAUAACAGUCCCCCCAUCACUUGUUGAAAACAACAAUAAUGGAAACACUCAAAAGUCCAUUUCUUCAUCUACUACUAUACGACCCCAAAAAUUAACUAAAGGAAAACAAAAUAAUUCUUCAAAUAAAUCAACUGCUUGGGGUGUAUUAGAUCAAAAAUGGGAAAGUUGGUUUAGACAGGAUUUUGAUAUUACAAGUAAGUUGGAAAAAUAA